CUAGGUGCUAUUUUUACUCCAGGUACCGAAGAACAGCAAUCUGCAUUUAGGCAUGCAAUUCAUCUUCAUAACACCAAUGGUUCUCAAGCGCGAUUUAAAGUGGAGCCUGUUAUAGAAGUUCUUGAUAGCUCUGACGCUUUCAAAAUGGCACGUGCACUAUGCUCGCAAAUGAACAGAGGCAUUUUUACUCUGCUUGCUCCGACAACAGAAGCAACAUAUGAGACAUUAGCAGCUUAUACUAACACAUUUCAUAUGCCAUUUUUAAGUCCUUCGCUUCCUCAGAAGAACUUCAACAGACCUAUGCAAUAUGGUGUUAAUAUGAAACCACAAUACCUCAAAGCUAUCAUAGACAUUAUCAAGUAUUACCAAUGGAAAUCAGUGAUAUAUCUGUAUGACUCCGAUGAUG